AUGGGCUGUCUGAACAGCAAGGAAGCCGUUGGGAACGCGACGCAACCGACAACGGAUCCCAGCGCCCAGGCACACAGCGCUGCCAAGACCGCCUCCGGCGCGAAACCCAAAGCCCAGAAGGAGAUGUCCGCGAAGGCCAAGAACUUGAAGGAGAUGCUGGAGGAGGGCCUGUUGUCCAACAACAUGAAUAAGCUCUGGACGCCAGGGUUCAUUCUCGGAUCCUCCCAUGCCGGCAACCUGCACCAGAACUACCAGAUCGGCAAGGAGCUGGGCAAGGGCCACUUCGGCGUCGUGCGGCUCGUGGUGGACAAGCGCAACGGCGAGACGUACGCGUGCAAGACCAUUUCCAAGUCCAAGAUCCACGACGUGGAGGACGUCAAGGACAUCCGCAAGGAGGUCUCGGUGCUGUACCACCUCCAGGACUCGUCCCUGUGCAUGAACCUCGUCGACGCGCACGAGGACAGCCGCGAGGUGCACCUCAUUUUGGAGCUAUGCACCGGCGGCGAGCUCUUCGACCGCAUCGUCACGGCCAAGAUGUACUCGGAGAAGAAGGCCGCGACGAUCAUGAAGCAGAUCAUCCAGGGCAUCGCGUACAUGCACGAGAUGGGCAUCACGCACCGCGACAUCAAGCCGGAGAACUUUCUGCUGAAGAACCCCGCGCCGGACUUCACGCUGCGCAUGGGCGACUUCGGGCUGUCGACCUUCUUCCGCCCGGGGCAGACCUUCGACGAGACGCUCGGGUCGGCGAACUACAUGGCGCCCGAGGUGAUCGGCGUGUACCAGCAGGGCUCGGACGGCCGCGGGCGCGUGAUGAAGCCGUGCUACACGGAGAAGGCCGACGUGUGGUCGUGCGGCGUGAUCCUGUACAUCCUGCUCAGCGGGCUCCCGCCCUUCUGGGGCAAGACGCACAAGGAGAUCUUCAACAUGAUCCGCAAGUCGCCGAUCGACUUCCAGACGGAGCCGUGGCCCAAGGUGUCGUCGAUGGCCAAGGACCUGGUCUCCAAGAUGCUGGACCGCGACAUGACGAAGCGGCUGUCGGCGCGGGAGGUCCUCGCGCACCCGUGGAUGCAGGAGAAGGCGCUCAUCCCGGACGAGCCCCUCGAGAGCAUCAUCGGCGAGAAGCUCAAGCGCUUCCGCAACUUCAACCUCCUGCAGAAGAAGGUCAUGCGCUCGCUCGCGACCAACCUGCAGCCCUCCGAGGUGGCCGGCCUGCGGAACAUGUUCGAGGCCAUCGACGCGGACAACAGCGGCGGCAUCACCGUCCAGGAGCUCAAGCAGGCCAUCCGGGACGGCAGGCUCGGGUCGGACAAGCUGGACCUCGCGGGGAUGAUCGAGGCGGCGGACGCGGACGGGGACGGCAUCCUGGACUGGGAGGAGUUCCUCACGGCCACGAUCGCGCGGUCCAAGGUGGAGAAGGGCGACCGGAUACUGGAGGUGUUUCAAAAGUACGACCAGGACGGCAACGGGCUGCUCAGCAAGGAGGAGAUCGAGGCCGCGAUGCAGGCCAAGGGCGACCUGAGCCCCGACGAGGUCGCGCGCGUCCUCGACGAGGUCGACCAGGACGGCGACGGCAGCAUCAACUACGAGGAGUUCGUGCGCAUGCUCGUGUCGCAUCUCGGCGACAUCGGCCCGCAGGCGCGCUCGCUGCCCAUCCAGGACAAGUGA